AUUUAUUCGGUCGUUUCCCGGGGCCGUAUAUCACCGCCGCGCGGCGCCAAAAUACAAACAGCAUCCAUUGAAGUUAAAACGGUUAAUAAAAAGUCGUAAAAACAAUGCCUGUCAAAAGAAGAAUUCAGGUAGAAGAAAAGGAAAAUACGCCAGUCAAGAGGCACACCAGAGACAAGAACUAUUCUCCUUUGACUGGAACGAAGCCCAUGACCCCAACAGGCAAAACCCAAGCAGGUAAUUACAAAACCAGUGGGACCACUGUCAAUGCCCUGGAAGCACAAGAGACGCAGACAGAAACAGAGAGACUGGAUUUUCUCAGGUCUAAAUUGGAAGGAUCUUUAGAGGCCUUAAUGAAGACCAGGCAAGAUCUCGAGUCCUUAUUGCCUGUAGAGGGCAACAGUGAGCUGAGGAGUUUCUUGCUGAUGGGUCCUGCUGACUUGCACAAUGAAUUGAAGAGACACAAAGAGCUGUCUUCUAAAGUGAACUGCGAGGUUAAUGCAACACGAGUGCACGAGAAGUGGCUUCAAGGUACAACACAGACUGGCAGUUCCUAUGAGUUUCUGAAGAACAUCUUAAGUGGCUAAGAAGGCCGACCUGAACAACAGCUGCUGGCCACGCAAACCAUCCUAUUUCUGCUCAAGGUGGAUCAUAUAACUCUCUCACUUUAUCACCCCCAGAGGCAGCGUGAAGGACAAAAGCGCAAGGUGGCCCAUUAACGCUACUUGUGUUUUCUCAUAUACAUGGCCACCUUUUGUUGGAAAUAAAAAGGCUUGGGAUGUGGAUUUUUUUGGCUGUGAUUUUACAUGACUUGUGUCUGGCCAAAGCACAGAACUCCACAGUCUCUUCAGCCUGACUGAACAUUCACAGAAGAAAAGUCCUGACCUCUGGGUUUCCAUGCUCGUCAGUGCAUUCACAUCAUUACAUUCAAGCAUUGUUAGAUUUUUAUUUCUGAUUGGUUUUGAUUAUUUUUCUUAAACAGUGGCUCGAUCAAUAGUUCUGGCUGUUGGGCAAAUCGACUUUGUUUCACUUUGUAGGGCAAAGUAUUAAUAUUCAUCAUUUCUAUGGUAACAAUUUUUUUUUACAGAGACUUGUAUGGUGAAUGCUCUAUAUAAUAGACUAAUAAACAUUUUGGAAGGAGCCUCCAGUGCUCCAUUAUAGGCACACGUUUUGUUUCCCAAGUAGCGUAAUAAAGUGCAUUUCUGUCUUAUUCAUUUCAACAGAGGCAGUUUAUUGUCAUCGGAAUGAACAGGAACAUGAUCCGCAACAUUAAACCUAACUAUAUAUGGAUAAAACUAUAUAUCGACAUUCAUUAAUCAAUGAAAAAUGAAAUCAUUGAGCGUAAGUGUAAUAAAACAUUUUGGCACGCUGUUAUUGGAAAAUAAUCACUAUUGUGUUAGGCUGCAUCACACCACCUCAUCACUGAUUAUUUUCCUAUAGCAACAUGCCCCCAAGCGUUUUUCUCCAUACUUAAAACUAGAGGUCUAACAACCAGUCAAGCUCCUCAAUGCUUUUGGUUCAUCACUGAAUUAGUCAAGCCGUCCUUUUCUCCUUUAGCUCCAUUUGCGUCUCUGUCUCUAUUUGAUUUCUCAUUUUCUGCAUGUAUUGAAUCGGAAGCAUUUCAUGAUCCUAGUUCUGUGUGUAUUUGUGUGUGACUGCAGGGCUUGUUCAAGCUGUAACACUAUAGCCCCUUUGUGACCUGAUAACAUUUACAGUUGUAAUGGAUUUUUUUAAUACCAGUCAUUAACUCCUGUGAAAGAAGGAGGUGGCGAAAGAUUGUGUGCACCUUUGUUCCUCUGGUAUUUCAGCUUUAUGACAUUGUGUUCCGACGUGUCCCUUCCCAUCAUUUUUGUUUUAUGGGGCACGCAGGCGAUGCAUUUUAUUCAAUUUAUAUCUUUUUAUUUUUUCGUGUGGACACAUGCACGGUAUUUUUUUUUUUUUUUGAGGUUCACAUUACCUGCUUGAUCUGGUUAUAAUUUUCUUCAUUAUUUCACUGGCUCAGAAUAAAACCCAAUAGCAAUUUUGUAUAAAAGCA